CUUUUCCCCGGAGUCGCGGCCCCGGGGCGCGCCCGGACCGGUUCACGGAACGGACCCGGACGACCUCUGCCUUCGUCAUUUCCUGCCGGCCCGUGGGUUUCCGGAUGAAACGAGGAGCCAGGAGCAGACGUUAGUUUUUGGGGGCGUCGGGCACCCACAGUCACUGAGUCUGAAUGCUGCGGCAGAUAGGGGACUGUACACCUCGCCACUCAGCCGCCGUGUGGGCAGCAGAGGAGGAAGUGCCCUUGAAGCCAGCCGGGGCCGCAGAGCUGGUCGGCAGCCAGGGAGGACACGCGCUCUGCAGGCACCUCACCUUGGAGCAGCAGGACUGGCUUGCGUGUCAUCAUUGGUGACUGUCUCCGUCUACGCUCACGAAAGACCAGCAGCCCAGGCUUGCUCAUUCAGGAAGUCUCCACCAGCCUGCAAGGGGCAGCCAUUGCAGAUGUCCACCGUGAUGUGUCAGGGGCUGGGAGUGGACAGAGUAGCCAGAUGACUCAGCAAGAAACCCCUGGAAGGUUGGCGAGCAGCAGAAAAAAGGCGCACUGCACGGAGCCACUUGGGGCCAUCUGGGAUUCUCCGGCAGUUGCAGAUGGCUGUGAAAGUGCCCCUCAGGAGACAGGCACCCUUCUUGACAUGCUCCUGGCGUUAUCUCUGUGAACUCACCUGCGUGUGUGUGUGAUGUCCUUUUCAGAGCAGCCCCACCUGGUCACCUGCUUCCGAUCAGGUGUUAUUCAGAGGCGGCCAUGGGGCCCCACUCUCAGGCCUCUGAAGGAGACAUCACAGCUUUCUCGGAUCGUGAGGAAAAAUAUGGAAUGCGUUCUCCCGCUGACUGAACCCAGCCAAAUGAACUGUACUGACAGUGGCUCGAAAGCCAGCAGUUAGCAGUUUGUUCAGGCCCUGCUGCCGUCCAGCACUUUCCUGAGCACGCUCAGUGUUUACGAGAACUUUCGGCCUUAGGGAGCUCCUGACCUCACACGUUGUUUAUUUAAAACACUUGCUGCCACAGCCACAGUGCCCCACCUGUCAAGAUGGCUGCAGAGGAGUACCUGUGGAUGGUCAUUUUGGGCUUCAUCAUAGCCUUCAUCUUGGCCUUCUCUGUCGGCGCCAACGACGUCGCCAACUCAUUUGGCACGGCCGUGGGGUCUGGCGUGGUGACCUUGAGACAGGCCUGCAUCUUGGCUUCAAUAUUUGAAACCACCGGCUCCGUGCUGCUGGGGGCCAAGGUAGGAGAGACCAUCCGCAAAGGUAUCAUUGAUGUGAACCUGUACAACGACACGGUGGAGACGCUGAUGGCAGGCGAGGUCAGCGCCAUGGUCGGUUCAGCAGUGUGGCAGCUCAUCGCGUCUUUCCUGAGAUUGCCCAUCUCGGGCACACACUGCAUUGUGGGCGCCACCAUAGGCUUCUCCCUGGUCGCCAUUGGCACCAAAGGCGUGCAGUGGAUGGAGCUCGUCAAAAUCGUUGCUUCUUGGUUUAUAUCUCCACUCUUGUCUGGUUUCAUGUCUGGCCUGCUGUUUGUACUCAUCAGAAUGUUUAUCCUAAAAAAGGAGGACCCUGUUCCCAAUGGCCUGCGGGCACUGCCGGUCUUCUAUGCGGCAACCAUAGCCAUAAACGUGUUCUCCAUCAUGUACACGGGAGCUCCAGUGCUCGGCCUGCUCCUGCCCCUGUGGGCCAUCGUGCUUAUUUCAACUGGUGUUGCGCUGCUCUUUGCCGUCUUUGUGUGGCUCUUUGUGUGUCCGUGGAUGCGGAGAAAAAUUGCAGGCAAGUUACAAAAAGAAGGUGCUAUGUCGCCAACGUCUGAGGAAAGCCUGGGGAAAGUUCAGGAGGCCGAGUCCCCCGUGUUCAAGGAGCUCCCCGGCACCAGGGCCGGCGACGACAGUACUGUCCCUCUGACCGGGCCAGCUGGGGAGCCUGCAGCCACCACCUCUGAGGGCCCUCCGGCCACAAACCACCCACGGGCUCCCUACGGAAGGGCACUUUCCAUGACUCAUGGCACUGCCAAAUCGCCCGUGUCAAAUGGCACAUUCGGCUUCGAUGGCCCUGCUCGGAGCGAUGGCCAUGUGUACCACACCGUGCACAAGGACUCGGGGCUCUACAAAGACUUACUGCACAAGAUCCACAUUGACAGGGGUCCAGAGGAGAAGCCCGCCCCAGAGAACACCUACCGGCUGCUGCGCCGCAACAACAGCUACACCUGCUACACGGCCGCCAUCUGCGGGCUGCCCGUGCAUACCACCUUCAAGGCAGCCGACGCAGCCGCACCCGAAGACAGCGAGAAGCUGGUGGGUGACACUGUGGCUUACUCCAAGAAACGGCUGCGCUACGACAGCUACUCGAGCUACUGCAAUGCGGUGGCCGAAGCCGAAAUUGAGGCUGAAGAGGGCGGUGUGGAAAUGAAGCUGGCGUCGGAGCUCACGGAGCCUGACCAGCCGCGAGAGGACCCUGCUGAGGAAGAAAAGGAGGAGAAGGACACGGCCGAGGUCCACCUGCUCUUCCACUUCCUGCAGGUCCUCACCGCCUGCUUUGGCUCCUUCGCCCAUGGUGGCAACGAUGUGAGCAAUGCCAUUGGGCCCCUGGUGGCUUUGUGGCUGAUCUACGAAAAGAACGGAGUGAUGCAAGAGGCUGCCACUCCCGUCUGGCUGCUGUUUUACGGGGGCAUCGGCAUUUGUACAGGCCUCUGGGUCUGGGGCAGAAGAGUCAUCCAGACCAUGGGGAAGGACCUCACACCCAUCACGCCUUCCAGUGGCUUCACCAUUGAGCUGGCCUCAGCCUUCACCGUGGUCAUCGCCUCCAACAUUGGACUUCCUGUCAGCACCACACACUGCAAGGUGGGCUCAGUGGUGGCCGUGGGCUGGAUCCGCUCCCGGAAGGCCGUGGACUGGCGCCUCUUCAGGAACAUCUUCGUGGCCUGGUUUGUGACGGUGCCCGUGGCCGGGUUAUUCAGUGCUGCUAUCAUGGCUAUUCUCCUGUAUGGGGUCCUGCCUUACGUGUGAGCAGUCUCCUUGCAGGUGGCCAACGGCUGCCAGGCCGGGGCGGUAUGGGCGUGCGUGUGGGAGUUGUGUGGCCCCAGAGCACCUGCACAUGCGCGCGCGCACACACACACACACACACACACAUGCACACACACAGGCUAUCUCCCCACCAGCUCUAUCCACACCCUUCUCAGAGGGCUGUGACCACACUACCCCACCCGGCUGCAGCUACAUCUUCCAGCGCUAACUUAACUACUGUGUACAUAACCAUAUGUAUUAGAGCGGUUUCAUGGUGAUGGGACAUGGUGCGGUUACUUCUCUAUCAGCUGCACACAUUGUACGCUAGGUUAGGUAAGCGUUACUACAGAUGUCCUCAACGUGGGAGGGGAGAUCGCGUCCAGCAGAUCUUGUACAUAAUGAUUGCAGUGGCCGAUUGUGACGCGUUUUCCCAGGGGGAGUAUAGAUUGGAAAGCAGCCUCUUCUGCUGUCCCUCCCCCAGUCCCGCCCUGGUGUAAUCCCUGCAGCCACCUCUGGACAGUGUGCCCAGCUUGGCGUGCUGUUGGGUGACCCCUGGUGUAGGAGUGCUUUCACAGAAGACAUUGUUCUGACAAUAUGUACUGGUCAUUGUAUGAUACAUCGCAGUUGCUUCUGUAAAUACUGAAAACUGUACUUCCCGCCCUCUUUUUUAAUGGUGUGCUUCCCUUCCACUUUUCUGAUAAGAGAAUUUUGGAAAGUACCAAAGAAGCAGGGGUGGGGGGAUAGAUUGCCAAUAUUCUAUUUUUUUCAUACUGAUGGUGUCUCCCCUUGUUAUUAACCACACUGUGAGCCUGGGCUGCAGGUACACCAGCUGGAUUCCCACCUGCCCAGGGCAGUGCAUGGCAGGGGCACCAGCCGCCCCACACCAGCAGCGCCCCCACCCCGCCCUGCCCCCUCUGUCACCACAAAUCCCUGCCGUGGCCUUCAGUGUCAUCAGCAUAAAGUGUGCAGGCGUGCCAAGUCCAGUGCAGGUUCCCAUCCCUCCUCCCGGCUCCAGUGUUAAUGGCGAGCGAGGCUUCAGGGCAGGGAAGAGGGAACAUUCGAGAAUGCACUGGAUCUGGGAUGGGGCCAAGGCCUCAACUGAGCUGAGCAGCCUGCCACUCUGCUGUAGCCCCAUUGGAAUCUUUUUGUUUUUUCUUUUUCUAAUAGCGGGAGGAAGUAUGACUAAUGUUAGAGCCUGAAACUAUGGAAAUGCUGCUAAAAUUUUUAUAUUGACAUUUUCUCGGUACUUCAUUGUGAUUUUUUUCAUUAAUCAAUCAUAUUAAAUUUAUAAUAAAAAAUUGCCCCUCAAAAGUC